AUGCGGCGAGGUCUGUCCGGCAUAGUCCAACCUGGUUACGUUGAAGAAGGCGAUGGCUUCGUUGUCGAGAGCUCCAGCUAUAGUGUCGUUCCUCUACGACGGAUCUCCAAGCCUGAAGCUGAGCUUGAGUCGAUAGAUCCAGUACCGACAGUCGAGUAUGUCGUAGUGUGGCUACUGCUGUUGUGUUGCCAUGGUCUGUGCGCAGCUUUCCUAUUGGCGAAAGGGAUGAUCUACUUCUUCAUGGAAAAUCCACUUAUGGCAUACUACGCCAACUUAUUGGCACUUCCUGAAUGUCGGUACUUCCGCUUAUUCGGAACGCUUGUGGGGAUUCUCGGAGCACUACACGGACUACAAUUGGUCCUUCAUCUGCUAUGGUCCAUCAAAUCUCGAUCCCCCGCUGUAUUUCCUCGAGCCGCGAUAGUCAAUCGAGUGAUUAGACAUUUACAAGGACUAAAGACUGCGAAAACUCAACCGGUAGUAUCAGCUUCUCGUUCUCGAAGCUCUAUCACCUACAUCAGUGCUGCUACAGCUGCGGGUUUGCAGGAUAUGCUGAGUGUCCAAGGUGACCACUUCGCGUUAGUGUUCAUGAUUCGCAAAGCUGCGGAAGCAGGUGCACAGAUCGUUCAGUGUUAUCGCUACAGCUCAUUAAUCAGUCGAGUGUGGAUCAAUCAAGUGUAUGCAGCUGUGGUGGUUGUUAACUGCUGGGUUACGCCUGCACUGGACUAUCUCAUGGUGACAUCCGAUUCUCGAACUGACAAGGAGAUAUCGAUGGCAAAGGAAGAUGCCGCUUUAUCCAUUCGAGAACGAACCAUUUGCGUUACUGUCGAUACACUGUUGACGAUCAUGACGUGUCUUGCGUUACCUCUUGCCAUCUUCGUGCCUUACGCUAAGGCAUUUGACGUAGGUUGGUACGGUUUUCCGCAGGAAAUGCUGUACAACGAUGUGAUUUUCCCCAACCUUAUCCGUGAAAACCAAGCUCUUUUUGCUCUGAGUUUCCUCGAUGGGAUGACGAAAUUUAUACCGCACUUGAGUAUUUUACUCGGAACAGCGAGUAUUAGCCUCAUUCUGGAAUUGUAUCCUCCUCGACGAUUUAAGAGCAUCAAAAGUAAAAGGAGUUCCACCGUUGCAGUUCGUGGGCAAGUACAGAAUGAACAACCGGAAAGCAGUUUGACACGUGUAAAACCCAUGCACGUCGUUGGUUGGAGUUUUUUUAGACGCUGGGUGGUUCCUGUUGGGUUUAUUACCGCCGGAGCUACUGUGCUCGGAUUACAUCUUCAUGCCGCACACUUGGCGAGCACAGGUGAUCCUGCAACUAUGACAAUGUGUCUGCAACGACUUCGACCGUGGUUUGCAGUCAAUGUGAGCUGUUCGAUCCUUGAAUACAAUUGCUACACGCGCGGCGUAUUGUCACCACCAUUCGAUGUAUUAGAUCAACUUCAAGGUGAUGCCGUCACUGCCAUCGUUUUCGAGCAUUGUCCAGAAUUUGAGAUGCCUCCAGCCAUCCGCCGUUUCCCGAAUUUACUAGGACUGGAACUUUGGAAUGUCUCGAUCGUAAAAUGGGAUGCAGACGCUGCGCUGAACGCUGAUCUUCACCCGAACAUGUUUUACCUUACCAUGGCUUACACGAAUAUGACCGAGAUGCCUCGAGGUCUUCUAACCACGCCACUACCGCCACUACUCGGAGAUAUCGAGAUUUCAGUCACCAACCUUGAGGUUGUCCCAGACGAAUUAGCGGAUGCGUGGUCCAACGUACGACUCGUUUAUCUGGAACACGCCCCGCUCAAGGAAUUCCCUACUGCUUUAUUUAAGAUUCCAUCGCUAUCGGUCUCCUUACUAGACGACGGACUCGAGACGAUCCCUGAAGACCUGUUCACGACGGUAUCUUUACUUGAUGAGUACUUGGAGAUCUGUUUCUCUUACAACCCGAUCAAAAAUCUCCCUUCGUCGACCAGAGAAAACGUUUUUAUCAACUACCUGACUCUUGAUCAUACGGAAUUGACGAAUUUGCCAACCUGGGCAAAUGGAGCUGGUCAGUGGAUAAAUCUGGGUGGGUGUCCAAUUUGCAAUGACACGGAAGCGAUAUUACCGGAAGUUGCUGAUUGUACCGACUGGGGAUGGAAUCUGAUGGUCGAUGGAAGAUUCCCGUUAGCUUUAGUAGCACAAUUUCGAAGAUUAGAGUAA